AUGGCCGCCGCACGCCAGCCAUGUGCGCGACCUACCCGCAUAAUUAAGCUGACCGCAGGGGAGACCAACCAGCACCACCUGACCACCAUCACAGACUGCCCCAGAGAUAUGUUGGCUGACUACGCUGGGACGAACCAAGGUACAGGCUAUAGUUAA